CUGUAUGCUACUAUGUAUAAUGUACACAUUCACAUUGCGAUAACCCGACACUUACUUCCGUCUCGAGGAAACGUGAUGUUAUAUGUCAGGACGAUGGGUUUGACAGCGGGUUUAAGUGUGCAGAGUUUACGUUGUCAGAUGUUUAGAUCACUGUGUGUCAGUAAAUGUUAUAACUCGCAUUCCUUUAACACAAAAGCAGUUUACACAUGCGCAGUGCGGUCACGCAACAACACACCGUUUAGGACGUGCUGGACAGCACCAUGUGUGUCCCAUAUGAUGAACAUAAGGGCACUGUCCACUUUACCUCCACCACCCUCAUCUGGACAGAACAAAUCCAGCAACAGGAAAUCUGGCCCCGUUACUUGGAAAUCUCUCGCUAUUACAUUUGCAUUGGGAGGAGGUCUACUUCUUGGCAUGAAAUAUUUCAAGAGAGAAAAAGAGGAAAUGAUUGAGAGAGAAAGAAUCAAAUCAGUGGGAAAACCAGCACUUGGUGGUCCAUUCAAUCUGGUAGACCACAACAAUAAACCCACAAAGAGUGAAGAUUUCCUCGGACAGUGGGUGCUGAUCUAUUUCGGUUUUACACACUGUCCAGAUAUUUGUCCUGAUGAGCUGGAGAAAAUGAUUGAAGUCGUAGAUGAGAUAGACAGAAUUAAGACCCUUCCGAAUUUAACACCAAUCCUCAUCACAAUUGAUCCUGAUAGAGACACACCAGAGGCAAUGUCAGCAUAUGUCAAAGAAUUUUCUCCCAAGCUGAUUGGAUUAACAGGCACGACUUCUCAAAUCGAUCAAGUGUCCAGAGCCUACAGAGUGUACUACAGCCAGGGCCCUAAAGAUGAAGACAACGACUACAUAGUCGACCACACCAUCAUAAUGUACCUGGUGGGACCUGAUGGCCAAUUUCUGGAUUAUUUUGGACAGAACAAGAAAUCUUCUGAGAUCUCCGGCUCCAUUGCAUCUCACAUGAGGAAGUUCAAACACGGAAAGUGAUGUGGCGCUGUUAGGUGUAAAGGGGUUAAAGGGAACUGCUUCACCACCUAUUCCAAAUCUCCAUACACAAUGUCUUUUCUGUUUGUUUUAAGUGCAGCUCUGAUUUAACAAGUCAAAGAUUUCAUUACCUAAUGAUCAAAUAUUCAUUUAUAUUUAUUCAUAUUUGUUGUGUCAUAAAAAUGUAUCCAUUGCAUUAUUAUGUACUUUGCUGAUUUAUGAAUUGAUUGGUCAGUUGACAAUCACUAAACGUUCUCCUUUUAUAACGUGUGAAUCUGAUCCUACUUGAGAUUUUUAUUUACUGUAAGUGAUCCUCUUCUUCAGUUUAGGAUCUGUUGCACAGCACCAUGUGUGUCCUCCACCUCCUUACCAGGGGCGUUACUAGACAUAAAGCCCUAGUGGGGCACAGGCCCCCCAUUUUUUUUUUCAGAUUUUUUUAAAGCCUGCUGUGUGCAACACUUCUAUACAAUUUCCUUUGCUUACCUACUGUUCAUACAAUGCAACAAGUACUGGGAAAGAUAAACAUUUAUUUAAAAAUAUUUAAGUAUAAUCUUCAUAUACUUAACACUUUUAACAUGUUUGGUGGCAUAAAUAAUGAGAAAAUAGAGAAAAUAUGUCCUUGCAUUUUACAUUAUAUAAUGAUAACAAUGAUUAAUAACUACUUUUUCGCAAUAAUAUUUUUUACAAUAACACUAUUUCAAGAAACCAGUCUUUUUAUAGUCAUAGUUACUGCUAACUGUUUAUGUACUGUCCUAGAGUAAAAUAUUAGUAAACUAAAUAUUAAUUUCAUAUCUGAAAAUACAGAACAGUAUAACACAUACAUCUGUUGAUUUUCUCAGCAACAAUGCAAUUUUAUAGACUUGACAAGAGGUUUCCCUGAGAUUUUUGCGUCGCUUUUACAAAACUGAUCGGGGCAGUGCUCGAAUUGAAUCAAGUCUUAUGGGGGGUCCCCACCAUGACAUGGCAGCAAACCUAAAAUGGCAAAACAUUACUACCUUUAAACACAAAUGUAUGAUUUGUGUAAUACUUUCCAAAAUAUUUUUGUAUAAAGGCUGGAAACUAAUACAAUACAACACGAGUAGAGCAUUCUACUUCCUAUAUCUCACUAGGAAAAGGUGGAUACUGGAGGAUCACAGUGACAUCACACUGUUCUCAUACUGUGAUAAUCAUAUUUGAGCUUAUUGUGAAUUCACAAUGUUGAGUUCAUGGUAUGAGUGUGCCAUGACUUCACAUAAUGACCAUGAUUAGCACACUUUGAGUGUACCAUAACCUCACAUCAUGACCGUAGUAUGAGUCACAAUCUGUGACUCAUAUCAUGGUCACAAUGUAAAGUCACGGUACACUCACAGUAUGGCAAGCCGUUUUAACUUUUAUUCGUUGAGUUCUUGAUAUCAACAAUUCAAUUUUCACUAGUUAAAAUUUUUAUUCUUGAUAUCAGAUAGAUAUUACAUUUCUACUAGUAUCAAUGGCAAUUCUUGAUAUCAACAAUUACCUUCCCACUAGUAACAAUGUUAAUUCUUGAUAUCAGCAAUUUAAUUCUUGAUAUCAACAAUUCAAUUCUUGAUAUCAACAAUUAAGUUAUUGAUAUCUGUAAUUGUAUUUUCACUAGUGAAAUGUCACCAUAGGCUGCCAUUCAAAUUAAAUUUUUGAUAUCAAGAAUUACAUUUUCACUAGUAACAAUGUUAAUUGUUUAUAUCAACAAUUCAAUUCUUGAUAUCAACAAUUCAAUUCUUGAUAUCAACAAUUCAAUUCUUGAUAUCAACAAUCGAGUUCUUGAUAUCAAGAAUUCAACUGUUACUAGUUAAAAUGUUAAUUCUUGAUAUCAAUAAUUUGAUUGUCACUCAAUUGUUGAUAUCAAUAAUUGAAUUGUUGAUAUCAAGAAUUAACAUUGUAACUAGUGGAAAUGUAAUUGUUGAUAUCAAGAAUUGCCAUUGUUACUAGUAGAAAUGUAAUUUCUGAUGUCAAGAAUUAAAAUUUUAACUAGUGAAAAUUGAAUUGUUGAUAACAAGAACACAACGAAUAAAAGUUAAAAUGGCUUGCCAUACUCACUGUGUGUUCAUACUAUGGUCAUAAUUUUAGGGGAAAUAGAGAGAGUGUCACCCUUCUUACCUAUAAUUUCUAAGAAAUAUUAUUGGAAUAAUCAUAGGAUCAGAUUUAGGACACUUUCUACAAAGCAUUUUAUAGACAUGGUGUGUAAUGUAUAUGCCAUAUAAAAUGUCAACAACAAUGUUAUGGCAUCAAGAAGCCUAAAUAAAGGUUUUAGAAAGCUCACACAGAUUGGAGGUCCCACAGCUGGGAGGAAGUGAUUGAUUGUUGGGGUGUUGCAGUGAUAGUUGCUAUGUGCAUGUGUGUGUAUGUGCAUUUGUGUGUGUUCAUGACUUGCUGUGGAUGGCUUCACUACUCAGUGGAGGGGUUUAAUGCAGAGACAAUCAUGUCUCUUUCACUUUUUUAUUGUCUGUAUUUUAUUUGCAAUUUAAUGCUGAGGUCUCUGCGACAUGUUUCUGAUUAGCAAACACUAGAAUAUUAUGGCGCUUUUCCAUUGCAUAGUACCACA